CCAGGAUGGGAUCGAGAUUUGGCUAUAGCCGACGUGGACGUCUGCACACCUUUGCAUAUUCAUUCCUCUUCCUCUUCCCCGGCACAAUCUGCUGCCAGGCCAGGCACAUUGGGGAAGUCCGAUGCAUGCUGACUCUAUCCCGACUCGGCACAAGUCAAUUGCAAUUGAGCAUGUUGGCUGACGAUCCCUGCCAAAACUCUCAGAAACCCACCGAGUACGAAUAGUCAUGC